AUGUCCUCAAAUAAGAAAUAAAGACUUUACUAGAAGAUGCAAGAUCAAUUUAUUCAAAAGCAGUAACAAACAGACCAUGAAAGAUAAAUUAAAUUGCAAAAAAUUAAAAGCCAAAGUGUACCCCUAGAUAAAAUGAAUAUUGAGGCUCAUUAGCAAGUUUACGAUCAAAUCAAGAAUUAACAUUAGUAUGAUCGCAUAAAUUAAGGACUUAACCAAAUUACUGAUUUAAAUCUAAAGAAUCUUUACAAAAACCCUAUUCUUAAGAAGCUAAAGUAAUAAGAUCAAGAAGUUAAGGAGUAGUAAGUUAAAUAAUUGGAGGAUAAGCGCUAGCUUAUUAGUAAGAAAGAUUAAUACGCAUAAUUUGUGAGAGAAGUGUUCAAGCCUCAAGUGAUUCGGACUACUCAAGCUAGAAGUCAAGAUAGAAAUGGAUAAUUAAAGGAAUAAUUCUAAGAAGAAGGUAGAAAAGUAAAACUGCCAAAGAUAAAGCUAGGUGGAUUUUAUGAGCUCUAGGAACUUGUUAAACUAGCAGAUCCAGACUUUUAGUUAAAAGAGGAUGAGAAUAUUGAGAGUGAUGACGAGCCAGAUCAAAUCUUUAAAGAUUAAACUAAACUUAAUAAGGACCAAUCCAAUAUACGAUUAAAAGGAAAUUUUAGCAAGAAUACUAUUCUUAAAAAUGAGCGAUAGCAAUACUCUCAAUAAAACUUGAUUAAGCUUGUGCCAAUGGUUUAAAAAUAAAGUUAACACUAAAACAUCAAUGGAAAGCAGAAUCAUUCUAAUAAAAUGAAAAGAAAUGAAAGUGAUUCAAGUUUUGAUUCCAACUGCUCAGAGUGCUAGAGACACAGAGCCUAAAAAAGUCAAAGUACUAGCCAAAUUAGGCAAAGACGAGAACACAAAAAGCAUCCUUGGGAGAGAAAAGCUAUGUAAAAAGAGAUUAUGAUAAAGUAAAGUAUGAGAGAUGAAAGCGUCAAGGAGACUUAGGAUAUUAAUUCUAAAUUUUUAGGGGCCCUUAAGGCUAAACUAAGUAUAAUCGAUAGUUUCGAACUUUGA